UCAUGCGUGCUGAGUCUGCUUCAUAGAUCACUCUGACCGCUGGGGGCUCACCGGGGACGAUGGAAUUUGAACUCUGGAGACCAACCACAAAGUGAAAAAACAGAAAUUGGACAGACAGAGCUGAGAUGGAUGAUGAGAGAACAAAUCAAAAUGCCAUCAAAUUGCAAGCAGUUGGAGGCCAGGCGUCUGCAAUGUCUCCAUCAAACCCGCUGAUGAGGGACUUUGUUUCAGACUGGUCUCCUCUACAUGAAGCCUCUAUCUGUGGGCGUCUGCUUACUGUGAAGAAACUCAUUGAACAGGGGAGUGAUGUUAACCUUGUUACAGCGGACCAGGUGUCUCCUCUCCAUGAAGCCUGCCUAGGGGGUCAUGCUGCUUGUGCCAGUGUCCUAUUAAAACACGGUGCUCAGGUGAAUGGAGUGACUGUUGACUGGCACACUCCUUUGUUCAGUGCUUGUGUCAGUGGCAGUGUGGCUUGCUUGAAUUUAUUGCUGAAGCAUGGAGCCAGCCUACACCCACCCUGUGAUUUGGCAUCCCCCAUCCAUGAAGCUGCUAAGAGAGGUCAUGUGCAAUGUGUUGAACUCCUUGUGUUCCAUGGGCUAAAUAUAGAUCACAACAUCAAGCAUCUGGGUACUCCACUUUAUGUAGCUUGUGAUAACCAGCAAGUGAACUGUGCCAAGAAGCUGCUCGAGUCAGGAGCAAAUGUGAACAUUGGCAAAGGCCUGGACUCCCCUCUGCACGUGGCUGCCAGGAAUUGCAAUGUGGAGCUGGUGAUGCUGCUGAUGGACUUUGGAGCAGACAGUUGGGUGAAGAACGCUGAUAACAAGAGGCCGAUGGAGCUGGUCCCACCUGGCAGUCCUGUGGGCCAACUAUUCCUGCAGAGAGAAGGGCCACUGUCCUUGAUGCAGUUGUGCCGCCUGUGCAUCAGGAGGUGCUUUGGAUACAAGCAACAUCAAAAAAUAACUGGACUUCUCCUCCCAGAUGAGCUGAAACAUUUCCUUCUCCACAUUUGAGCCUUUAAUAUUCAAAAUGGUGCCUUUAACAACACAGCAAGAAACAGGUCCUGCUGCCACAAACCAAAGAGAAGUUAUGACCACUCUAUGCUCUCUUGGGUGCUCCCCUGGAAAUAUCAGCUGCCUGAUACUUGUGGGAGCAAGGAUGAGGAGACUCCAACUCUUCUUCCCUCUUGAGCUUGCCCUGUUCCUUCUUGAGCUGUGAACCAUGGUGCAUCUGCAUCGCCUGAGAGCAACAGUGUACCCACUGCCUCCCAUGAUGGGUUGCCACCACAUAUUCCCUGUGUUGGAGGGGCAGGCCAUGCACUUUGGUGCUUCUGGAGAUCCUUUUCUUUUUCAUUUCACUGUGGAGCACUGUAAGAGUGGGCUGGGUGUGCAAAAAGUGUGAUGACAUUGUUAACACUGGCAGUGACAUAUGCAGAGUCCUCAUCUCAUAAGUGGAGAGACUGGCAGCCUUCAGACACACCAAAGCUUAUUUUGAUGUUUACCACUGUGCCAGUGUGUGUGGUGCCAGCCUUCCUUUCACAUAUGGGAAGUUAAAGAGGAGGGAUCAAAUGCUACCUUGCAUGCUGGUAUUUGAUGUAAGUUACAAUUCAAAUCCUCGUCUGGACAACAUGACUGCUGGCUGUAGGUAUCCAGUAUGAUAUUUGAUUCCUUUGUGCUGAUCAAACAUAGCACAGUUCUGUUGGUUUUGCGGGACACUAAAUCAUACCCUAAUGGGACAAAAUGACAAAACCAGUUAUGUCUGUAACUACCCUGGUGAUAGAGACACCUGGAAAUGUUCAUUUAUCUGACCCAAUUCAUCACACAUAUUUGAGCCAUGUAAAAAUUAACUGGCUGGUUUAAGAUGGCCUUCUAAAUUAUUUCCCUCCUGCUGGGGAAG